AUGGAGAGCAACACAGGCGGCGAAGACGCUGUAGCAACGAUGGCGGGGGAUAACGGCGUCCUCAAGAUCGAAGAGUUUGACAUAGGCGGCAAAAGCAGGGUCAUGGUACUUAGCAUCGAUCAAACCCGGUUAGUUAGGGAAUUACCUGAAGAACCUGAAAAUCACCAAAAAGAGAGGCUAAACAACGCUAACGAAAGUGUCAACUUGAAAAUUAAUAGUAACAGUAACGAGUGGUUAGCACCGAGACCAAUGGGUGAAAUGUGGAUGGGUGACCCUGGCAUGAUGUAUCCGCCGGGUGGCCCGAUGGCAGGCCCUAGAGGUCGCGGAAUGUGGAUGAUAGGUAGGCCGCCGAUGGCACCAAACAGCGGUCUUUUGCCGGCGCAGAGACAAAGGACCGAAGAAGAUGAUUUGAAGGAUUUGGAAGCUUUGUUGAAUAAGAAGUCGUUCAAGGAAAUGCAGAAGUCCAAGACGGGUGAGGAGAUUUUGAACAUCAUUAAUCGCCCAACUGCUAAGGAAACAGCUGUGGCUGCUAAGUUUAAAAGCAAAGGAGGUUCUCAAGUGAGGGAGUAUUGUUCAUCUUUAACAAAGGAGGACUGUCAAAGGCAAUCUGGCACUUUUCUUGCCUGUAAGAAGGUUCAUUUUAAAAGAAGAAUUGCUCCUCAUACUGACAUCAGUUUAGGGGAUUGUUCAUUUCUAGAUACUUGCCGACACAUGAAGACAUGCAAAUAUGUCCAUUAUGAGCUUGACCAAACACAUGGCGAUCUUGGUCCUGAGAAACAGUUGAAGCCGCCACGUGCUGAAUAUUGUUCAGAAGUGGAGCUUGGUGAAUCACAAUGGAUUAAUUGUGAUAUCCGGAAUUUUAGAAUGGACAUUUUGGGGCAGUUUGGUGUCAUCUUGGCAGAUCCACCAUGGGAUAUUCAUAUGCUGCCUUAUGGAACAAUGGCUGAUGAUGAGAUGCACAAUCUUAAUGUUCCUGCAUUGCAGACUGAUGGUCUGAUCUUCCUUUGGGUAACUGGACGUGCAAUGGAGCUAGGGCGGGAAUGUUUGGAACAAUGGGGGUACAAGCGGUGUGAGGAGAUUAUUUGGGUAAAAACGAAUCAACUUCAGCGAAUAAUUAGAACUGGAAGAACGGGUCAUUGGUUAAACCAUAGUAAGGAACAUUGCCUUGUAGGAAUCAAGGGAAAUCCAGAAAUAAACAAGAAUAUCAAUACAGAUGUCCUUGUUGCCGAGGUUCGAGAGACUAGCCGUAAGCCAGAUGAGAUGUACCCUAUGCUAGAGAGGAUAAGUCCUAGGACAAGGAAGCUGGAAUUAUUUGCUCGCAUGCAUAAUACUCAUGCAGGAUGGAUAUCACUCGGGAAUCAGCUGAACGGAGUUCGACUAGUUGACGAAGGGCUAAGAGCAAGGUACAAGGCUGCCUACCCACAUGUGGAGGUACAACCUCCCUCUCCACCCAAAGCUUCUGCUAUGGAAAUAGAUUCUACUGCUGCUAUAAGUACCUUUGCGAUGGAGGCAAGAUCACAGUUUGCAGACCCUGCUGCUCCUGAAGAGAGGACAAUGGCUGUAGAUGCUGAUAUGGCCGGCUCAAAGUAACAUCAAAUCCUGGCCUUUGAUGAUUAUUUCUGAGGGCCGUUGAACCUUUUUUUAAUUGUGCCUGAGAGGUUCACCCAUCCCUUCUUACUGAUUCAGCCCUUUUAUAAAGUUUUAAUCUUGGUUUCAUAUGAUAUCAAGCUUUGAACAAUUGAAGCAUGGUUUAACCAAUGUAAGAAUUUGAUCAAAUCGAAAUCAAGCUUAAACUUUCAACA